AUGAAUGAUUUCUCUUCUAGGACUUUUUGGAGAUUUGGAUACUUUGCCAGACUACUGAAAACUAAUCAUUUUAGGACAGCUGCAUCAAAUACAUCAUUUCCAGCAGCUUGGAUGCUACUGGAGCAACAUUCUGGCAGGAUACCUGGACUCUUUGUAGUAGUUAAAAAAAGUAGGUUUUUUACAAUGCCUGAAACUGUGGAGGAUAAAGCUAAUCUAGAACUGUAUUCGCCACAUCCAGAGGUGCGUGGGAUGACACUGCUCAACAGAGAAGCUUUUAAAAGGACAGUUGUUGUUCCAGUUCUUAAAGUCAAGAAAGAAAUUGUAAAUGCUUUGCUAAAGUCCCUAAAACACGCGGUCCUACAGCGCCCUGGCCUCAAGCGAGUGGUUGAGGAUCCAGAAGAUGAGGACAGUAGACUUGUUAUUCUGGAUCCUCAUAAAAUACCAGAAUUCUCAUUGGGAGAACCUGAGCAAGAGGUACUAAAACAGCUUAAUGUUUGUCCUGAGGUGUCCAAGUAUGACCUGGAGCUGACUUAUGAGAAUUUCAAGUUGGAUGAGAUCCUACGAGCAGUCCUUCCUGAAGGUCAAGAAGUCACCUCUGGAUUCAGCCGUGUUGGUCACAUAGCUCAUUUGAAUCUUAGAGAUCAUCAGCUACCUUACAGACAUUUGAUUGGCCAGGUUAUAAUUGACAAGAAUCCAGGAAUCACCUGUGUAGUGAAUAAAACCAGUAUUAUUGACAGCACAUACAGAAAUUUUGACAUGGAAGUGCUCGCUGGAGAGAGCAACCUAGUAACCAAGGUCAAAGAAAAUAAUACUGUGUACGAAUUGGACUUUUCUAAAGUCUACUGGAACCCACGUCUUUCCACAGAACACGGCCGUAUCGUUGAGCUUUUAAAGCCCGGUGAUGUCCUUUUCGAUGUCUUUGCUGGGAUAGGCCCUUUUGCUAUUCCAGCAGCUAAGAAAAAGUGCCGGGUAUUUGCAAACGAUCUCAAUCCUGAAUCCUACAAGUGGUUUCUGCACAACUGCAAACUAAACAAAGUAGACAACAAAAUAAGAGCUUUCAACAUGGACGGCAGGGACUUCCUCCUGGGGCCGGUAAAAGAAGAACUAAGUAAAGAGCUCCCACUUCUGAAAGAAGAACAGAAAACCUCUGUUCAUAUAGUCAUGAAUUUGCCAGCUCUGGCUAUUGAAUUUCUAGAUGUUUUUAGGCACCUCUUAGUCGGAGAGCCACGCAGCACCACUGGCCUUCCCACAGUGCACUGCUACAGUUUCUCCAAACACGACAACCCAGCCAAAGAUAUUCAAGAACGAGCUGAGGCCUCCCUGGGAACCUCCUUAGAUGGACGCUGCUCUACGUACCUGGUCAGAAACGUUGCUCCCAACAAGGAGAUGCUGUGCAUCAGUUUCCAGCUGCCAGUGGAUGUGCUGUACAAGAGGCCCUGCCCUGAUGAAGCAAAACCAGCCUCUAAACGUCUGUGUACCAGCAAGUAUUCUUCUGAAGAAAAGUUACCGAGUUGA